CUGUCAAAGAAAACCGAAGCAUAACAACUCUGCAAAAUCAGCUGUUUGUUUUUUUGAAGAAAGAAUGAAUAGGCUUUUUUAAAUAACAAACAUUCCUUAAGAUUAAAUAUUGCUUAAUUUUUUUAUUCAAAUUCCAACAAUGUCUGAAGAAUGGUUUACUCAGAAACUAGAAAGUCUGAAAAUUAACACAGACAACAUGUUAUCCACUUUAAGCGAGAUACGAGGACGUUUGAACGUGACACCAGAUCUCGAGGUGAGGAUAACCAAUCGUUUGCUUAGUUGUCCGGAGAUUUAUGACUGCCUCGAGGAGGAAGGUGCAGGGCAAGAUAAAACUAAAUACCGAGAAAAUGGUGGAGAGGCGCAGCGGUUGGAUUUAGUUAGCGAUAUUUUGUCUAUUUGUAUGGCGAAUUUAACGUUGAGGCAAAACGAUUUUCCGCUCUUAUUGCAGAGAGCUUUAGAGCACAAGAAGGCCCGCAUUAGGGCUCUAGCUUUGAAUACUAUAUUAAAAGAAUUACAAAAUCAAGUUAACUUAAACGGCAAGGAUGAACAGUCGGUAGGCGAUCUUUUGAGCGAUGAGCUAUUGCAAUAUGUUCUAAAAGGUUUGCAGGAUAUUGAAACUGAGGUUGGUAAUCCGGCUUUAAGUAUUUUGUUGAUGGUUUUGGAAAACCAUUUACAUCAGCCGUGGGUAAAAGAAUCCUUAACCGUUGCCCUUAACAAAGACGGCAUUGUGAAAUGUCGAACUUAUGAGCUGGCGGUAGGCUUAGCCAAGCGUUCUCCAAUAACAUUGGAGAAAGUGGAAUUUAUUGUAGACCAUGCUUUGGCUGAAUUGGAUAACGAUGACAUAUUGAUGCAAGUUAAUAUAUUGGAGAUAUUGGUUUCAUUGGCUGAACAAAAUCAUGGUUUGCUUUACUUAGAGAAACAUCAGGUAUAUGACGUUAUAUGUAAACGUGUUGAAAGUGAAGAUAACCCUUUGGAUCGUUUAUUGGUACCCGGUAUAAUGAAAUUCUUUGGUAAAACUGCUCGUGUGCAACCACAAAAAAUAAUAACCGGGUAUCCCCACAUGAUAAGAUGUCUGUUUGAAUGCCUGCAUAGAGGAGAUAUUGCUAAUUUACCAACCGCAUUUGAUACCCUAGCAAACCUGGCACACACUCAACAGGGUGUUUCCUUGCUGGAGUUAAAUUAUAAAACUGCUUUGAAAGAGAUAUUUGAAGAUUACCAUUCAUAUUUGCGUAGCUUGGCAUCAGAUCUUAAAAUCCGUGCAUUUAAUAGCUUAGAGGCUAUUUUUACCUUCGAACAAUCAGUAUGCUCAGAAGUCAAUUCAAUUUUGCACACUUGGUUUUCUUAUAUGGGUCGUCACUCGGAUAAUAUGGAAUUCCUCUUGGAUUAUUGUCGUAAUCCGUUUCCUGAUAUUAAGAUUUCAUCUCUCAACUUCAUACGGGCUUUAUGCUGCUUCGAAUGGGGUGUUGAAGCGUUGAAGAAUACGGCGGGAUUAUUAGAGUUCCUUUUAGAUCGGAAAAUUGAAUUUGAUAAGGAAGCAAAAUAUGCAAAGUAUUGUGUAAUCGAGCUGUUGGCCGAUAGCAAUGCGUUCGAUGUUCAAACAAAUCUCCAAUUGCGUGGCUAUGUCAAUGAAGGUCCGUACUAUGUACAAAAUUUGCUUGAUAUAGCUGUGGAGGGUAAUUGAUUCACUUAUGAUAACAAAAGAAAGAAAUUAUUUGAAAGAAAAAUUGAGUAAUACUUGGAAUGCAUUUAAAAGAGCAAUUUCAAAAAGAACACAAAUAUAUUCAAUUAGAAAGCAA